UUUUCCAAUCGCAUCUUCCUUGAAAAAUACUCGUAAAAUAAAAUUUAGUUUACAGCCCUAAAUAAUACUGUAUUAAAUUCUAUAAGAACCAGGUUAGCCAUGGUUUUGUACGGUUUCAGCUGGUGAAGGUACAUUACCAAACACUUGUUUCUCCACAACAUUGCCUCUGAAACGAUGACCGGUAUUUGCUGACGUUAAAUUGACAAUUUCAAAAGCCUUCUAUUAACAUGAUGCCAAAUGGAGGGAAUUUCAACCCCUGGGUUGGCCAGUGGUAUAAUCCUGCAGCAGCACUGAGAUCUGAUCAAGUGCAAGGAAUGGUUGAUGUGAAUGCGUUCCAUAUAAUUGCAUCUCAGCAACUUUCAGCACAAUACGGUUCAGGGGUUUUGCCUGUUGCAUCCAUUUGGAAUGCUGCUGCAUCACAGUCUCAGUGGAUGCAGCCAUGGCAGUCAAAUUUUCAAGCCAACGUUGGCAGCAGUAUUGCACUAAAUGCUCAGCCACCACAGCUUCCACCACCUGUGAACACAGUGAUUGCUCCACAGAUACCUCCACCACAACAACAAGAAGAUGCUUCAAGCAAUUCGAAUGCAAAUGUUUUGUCAGAGGAAGAGAAAAACUUUGACAUUCAAUUUAAAGAAUGGGAAACAAAGUUUCAGAUUUGGAAAGAUGAAAACAUAAAUCAUCCGGACAAGAAAGCACUUGCCGUUUAUGAAGCUCAAUGGAAAACUUGGCGUGAACAGCUGAUCCAAAACCGAGAAAAGUUACGUAGACAGCGAGAAGAAUCCGUAGCCAAGCAGAAUCAGUUAAUCGCACAACUCAAGCACGUGGGGGCCAGUGCGAGCCAGCCAGCACGUCAGAUGACGCAAGCAAUUAGGAAUAACGGAAUUCGUGAGGAUCUCCAGCAUCGCAGUAAUUCGCAUUUACAGUCCAACAUGCCCAAUCUUUCUGGGCAGCCCGUUAUCCUUACGUCGCACCACAGCUCAUUUUCAAGAAAGGCACCGAAUUCAAGUACACAUUUGCAUGCAGCUGAGAAUUCUAAACUACAUAUCCCACAACAUUAUCAAAAUACGGAAGACGGUGAAAGACAUUCAAGUGCAAAAUCAAAGAACCCGUCUUUGGACAGCUCACAACAGGAUCGGCUUGAUCAUGUAGCACCACAUUAUCAUGAAGAAUUUCGCGAUGAACGCGUUUUACAUUCCACGGGUGAUCUUCAUUCACAUAGAAUGGAUAAUCAACCACAUCGCCUACCAUUUAGAAGCCCUGAACCACCACAAAAGCAGCUGUGUUCUCCUCACCUUAAGUCUGGACAGCAUCCUCCAGGCUCGGAGUUUGAAGAUGCCAGACAAAGACAGUCUGAUGUCCCGUCUUUAAGGCCUCAAAAUCGUGACUAUCAUCGACAAGAUAUUCACCAUAUCCAACCUGUGUUACCCCUAAAUCAACGAGAGCCGAUCGUUCCACGAGGAUUACAUCCGACUACGCGUGAGACGUUAGAACCGCCUCGAAAUCUACUUAACUUCUUAAGUCCUGAAAGAAAUAACGACGAAGACUUACGAAACUUUCCUUCAGAUAGUUCAGCUGAAACGGCCGCAAACCUUUUCAGAAAGCGAGCAAUGCGUGGGAAAACUGAUGGGCAGCGAUUUGUACCAUACAAAGCACCCGGUUUACCUCCGCAUUUAGAUAAGAGAGCAAUGGAAGAAACAGCCCUAGGCUUUGACGGUGGUGUUCGGCCAAGGUACGAGGCGCGUUUAGCAGAACACGGUGAAAAUAAGAUUUCAGCUUUGCCCAAACCACUGCCAAUGGAACUCGGUGCACCACCUCUUAAGGUUAAUAGCCGCGUACUAGAACCCCUUGUGUUUGAAUACAACCAUCGUCCCGGAAAGCGUGGCCGCUUUGCUGAACCCAUAACCAUCGAGUAUUCUCAUACUAAGCCAUCGGAGAUUGAAUCUUUUAAAACUGAUAUCGCUAGUUGUAAGAUGAAAACUGAACCAUCUGCAAAGUCUGAAAAUGUCACACCAGUUGAGAAGUCCGUGCCAGAAAUAGUCCCUGUUGAAAAAAGCCCAAUUAAACCAACUCCUCUGCCCCUCUUCCCUUCAGCGGCAGCUAUCCAGUUACAAGAAAAUCCGUUUCCCAAACCACAAUCUCAGUUACUAUCUGAUAAAGCAACCGAAGGUACUUCAGUUAAUAAUCAAAUAAAUUUUUCCGAAUACCUUCCCUUUUUAUCUCCAGGCCUCGUUGCUUUGCAACAGAAAAUGGCAGAAACAACGCCUUCCAAACUCGACGUGGCGGUUGCCCCUGUAGAAAUGGAAGUUGUUAUGGUAGAAGAUCUUUUACUGCCACCGGGACGCUAUGGUCGCCCCCCAAGAAUUGUUGUCGUUUUGCGUGGUCUCCCUGGAUCAGGUAAAAGUCACCUGGCUCGUUUGAUAAAGGAAAAAGAGAUGGCGAUGGGUGGGCCAGCGCCUCGAAUCCUAUCUAUCGAUGACUACUAUCUUUUGGAUGAAGGUACCAGCCCAGUUCCGUGGCAAGAAGAUCAGGAAGAGCGGUAUCGCCAAAGUCUGCUAAAAUCUCUCAAGAAAAACCUCGAUGAUGGUCAUUUCCCCUUUAUCAUUGUCGAUGCUCUCCAUGUGAAAGUGAGCGACAUUUUCGACGUUUACGACGCAGCACGAAGUCGUACAUUUGCUGUUUUCUUAAUCGACUUGCCUGAAGUCCCGAAUAGAACUGGGACCAAUAGAAAAUGUACAGACAAGGACGUUGAGAAAAUGAAAAGUGAAUGGCAACAAGCACCGGGCAGUGAGCUUCCGCUUCCGCGAUUAGAUAUUCGCUGGCUCUUACAAGAAAUUGAUGAAGAGCGGAUUCCCACUCCAGACGAUGUUGUUACUUCAACGACAGUUCCCGUUGAUGAAGAUCCGCAUGGAAGUCCAAAUGAAACCCCAGCAGUGAGCAAAUGGGAAACGAUGGAACAAACCGAAGAAAAGCUUGAUCGCCUGGAUGGUAUCAUCAAGAGAAAAUUAGAUAAACCUGCUUCAAUGGAAGAUUGGUUACAACCUGGAUUACCUGAUGAUUACAGUGACCGUAAAUGUAUUGAAGGGAAAAAAAGGGUUCGGUGGGCGGAUGUCGAGGAGAAAAUGCAACAAAAGAAGAUGCGUGAUCUUGGAUUUGUAGUAGGACAGACCGACUGGUCUAGAAUGACAGAUCCAACAUUUGGAGAAUCGGCUCUUACAAAAACCAAGUAUAUUUGAUGAGUAAACUGAAUUGGUCAUUCAUGAAGCCAUAUGCUCAAAAAUUGCCUAUGGAAUCAGUCGUAAUCUUCGUUCCAUGUUGGAUUGUCAUCGCUUAAAACUGCUUUGGCCGCCAAAAGUUCUUUGGGAAUCUCACUACCCCUUACUUGGACAGUAUAACAUGCUGUCUCUAC